GAAGGAAGUGAAAGUUUAUCAAUGACAAAGGUUUGUAAAUAAGAUGACUACGAUGAGCUAUAAUGCUACUAAAUGGCAUUGAUAUUUUCAAAGGUCACCGAAACAUUCUCAUGCGGCAGUUAGCCCGAUAAAAGAAAUAAAAAUGCUGAAAAAGAUGAUUUUUGUUUUUUAACCCAAUUGAACAUGCUAUCUCAAUUUUUUAUACUCUCUUCACGAGGGGACACAUUAGUUUUUAGGGACUACAGGAGAGAUAUUGUAAAGGGCUCUGCUGAAAUAUUUUUCCAGAAGUUGAAUGCAUCAAACAAAGAUGAAGCUAACCCAGUUUUUACUGUGGAAGGCACACAUUUUAUUUUUGUGAAGAAAUAUGGCCUAUAUUUUGUAGCAGCUACGAAGACAACAAAUGUUAGUCCUACUUAUGUCGUAGAGCUUCUGAACAGAAUUGCAAGCAUCUGUAAAGACUAUUGUGGUGUUCUUAAUGAAGAAUCAAUUCGAUGGAAUUUCACGCUAAUAUAUGAAAUAUUAGAUGAAGUUCUGGACUUCGGUUAUCCACAGAUCACUUCAACUGAGCAGCUGAAAUCUUUCGUAUUCCAUGAUGUUCACAUGGUGAAAGAUAGUGAAGGUGCCUCCAAACAAGCAACUGGGUCAAACUUGUUUGGCUCUGACAAACUUACUCUACCAAGCAAUGCCUCAAAUGUUUCUGUGCAUUCGACAACAAAGAAAGGAGGCCGUAAGAAUGAAGUGUUCAUUGACGUCCUUGAAAGGCUCACAGUAUUAUUCGCAGCUGAUGGGAAUCUCAUCAGAUCGGAAAUAGACGGCUGUAUUCAAGUGAAGAGCUUUUUGGCUGGAAAUCCAGAAAUACGCAUCGGCCUAAACGAAGACAUUGUAUUUGGACACCCAGGUGCUGUUGCAGGAUCGCAUAGAAGCAUAGUAUUUGAUGAUUACAGUCUACAUGAAAAAGUUGAUGCAGAUAUGCUGGAGAAAAAUCGCCAGUUAAACAUUGAUCCACCGGAUGGUGAGUUCAAUGCCAUGAGUUAUCGAAUAACUGGCAAUUUUCCAAAGCCGUUGCCGUUUCGUUUAUACCCCUAUAUAGAUGAAGCUGAAGAUGGCAAGUCAAUCAAUGUCCAGCUCAAACUCUGUUGUGAACUUCCAACAUCAAAUUCAGUUGCUAAUGUUAUAGUUCGCCUACCAGUACCAAGAUCAACACUGAGCACAUCACACGAAGUCACGACAGGAUCAAAGACUGCACAGUUUAAAGCAAAUGAAAAAUGUAUAAUAUGGGGAAUUAAGAAAAUGCUAGGUGGCAGGGAACAUUUUGCUAAAUUUAAGAUCAUCCUGCCUGGUCCGGGAACUUCAGCGAGGCAGGAGAUUGGCCCUAUCAGCGUCGAUUUCGAAAUUCCGAUGUACGUCUGCUCUGGUCUGUCCAUCCGCUACUUAAAAGUUAACGAAAGAAACAAUCUAUACACACCAAUGAGAUGGAUUAGGCUGAUUACCCACUGUGAUUCUUUUGUCCAAAGACUGUGACGUCAUCUUCAGCAUCAUAUGCCUGUUGGAGAAGAAAUUGAUAAUGAUGACUUGAUUAUACAAAAAAUUUGUAAAACAGGAAGAAAUUUUAUUCUUUCGUCAAAAUUAUUAGUAAGUGCAACAUAUCUUUGUAGUCUUUUUCUUGGGUUAAUUUCUUUGAAGUUCAAAAUCGUAAGACUGUUUUAAAAAGAUCUACAUGCAAAAAUGAUUAAACGUUUUGGUUU